AUAAGAAUGGCGGUGUGGAUUAAAAUAGGAAAGUCGAAAAUUUCAAAUACAGGAGCGUGGCUUCACUGAUUAAACUCGGAACCUGGAAAUACUGAAAAUUCCAAUUCCGAACGCGAAUAUCUGUUAGAAGAGAGAGAGAAAAAAAAAAAAAAAAUAAAAUAAAAUAAAAGGAAGCGCUCCGAGUGAGUUGACUCGGUAAAGAAAUUUGGGGAUGGGAACUCAGGACGACUUUAUGGCGGAGGACGUGUCCGACUCGGUUCGAGGUAGUGGUACGAGGUCCCCCAGGUUGUUUAUCAAGGAAAUGGUGAUGAGGAACUUCAAAUCCUAUGCUGGAGAGCAACGAGUUGGUCCUUUCCACAAGAGUUUUACUGCCGUUGUUGGACCCAAUGGAAGCGGUAAAAGCAAUGUGAUAGAUGCAAUGCUGUUCGUAUUCGGAAAACGAGCUAAGCAGAUGCGACUAAACAAGGUUUCGGAGCUUAUCCAUAACUCGACUAAUCACCAGAAUCUAGACAGUGCUGGUGUCUCUGUUCACUUCCAGGAGAUCAUUGAUCUGGAUGAUGGAACAUAUGAACCUGUUCCGGGAAGUGAUUUUGUAAUUUCCAGGGUGGCUUUUCGUGAUAAUUCUUCGAAAUAUUACAUUAAUGACCGUGCAAGCAAUUUUACUGAAGUCACGAGGAAAUUGAAGGGAAAAGGAGUUGACCUGGACAACAACCGUUUUUUGAUUCUUCAGGGUGAAGUUGAACAAAUUUCACUGAUGAAGCCUAAGGCUCAAGGACCCCAUGAUGAAGGUUUUCUUGAAUAUCUUGAGGACAUCAUUGGAACAAAUAAAUAUGUUGAAAAAAUUGAUCAAUCGCACACGGAGCUGGAAUCUCUGAAUGAGAAAAGAUCUGGUGUGGUGCAAAUGGUUAAGUUGGCAGAGAAAGAAAGAGAUAGUUUGGAGGAUGUGAAAAAUGAAGCAGAAGCAUACAUGCUGAAAGAGUUGUCACUCAUGAAAUGGCAAGAGAAAGUUGCUAAACUGGCACAUGAAGAUACAAACGCAAAAAUGGUUGAGUUACAAGAUAAAGUGUCUGCUUCAGAAGAAAAUAUGAAGACUGAAAGGGAGAAGAUUCAAGAAAAUAUAAAUGCUUUGAAGGAGAUUGAAUCUGAGCACAAUAAGCACGCGAAAAGACAAGAGGAACUGGAAGAUGAACUCAAGAAAUGUAAAGAAGAUUUUAAGCAAUUUGAGAGGGAAGAUGUUAAAUAUCGGGAAGAUUUAAAACACAUGAAGCAAAAAAUCAAGAAACUAACUGACAAAAUUGAAAAGGAUUCAUCAAAGAUCAGUGACUUAGAAAAGGAGUGUGAAGACUCGACAAAUUUAAUACCUGAACUUGAGGGUAAUAUUCCAGAAUUACAAAAGCUCUUGGUGGAUGAGGAAAGGAGGCUAGAGGAAGUGAUAGAGAAUUCAAAAGUUGAAACAGAGAGAUAUCGCUCUGAGCUUGCGGAAGUUCGUGCUGAAUUGGAACCUUGGGAAAAGCAGCUGAUUGAGCACAAGGGAAAACUAGAAGUUGCAUGUACUGAAAGAAAGCUUUUAACUGAAAAGCAUGAAGCUGGUAGAGCAGCUUUUGUAGAGGCUCAGAAGCAGAUGGAAAACAUAUUGGAAAGGAUAGAAACAAAAACUGCCAGCAUUGCAAAAAUUCAAACUGAUUUAGAGCAGGGCAAACUCGAAGCACUGGAAGCUCGAAAAGUGGAGCAAGAAUGUAUGAAAGAGCAAGAAGCACUGAUUCCUCUUGAACAAGCUGCAAGACAGAAGGUUGCAGAGCUUAAAUCUGUUCAGGAUUCUGAGAAGAGUCAGGGGUCAGUUCUAAAAGCAAUUUUAAAUGCUAAGGAGUCAAACCAAAUACAGGGAAUAUAUGGUCGAAUGGGUGACUUAGGUGCUAUUGAUGCAAAAUAUGACAUUGCCAUAUCAACAGCAUGUCCUGGACUUGAUUAUAUUGUGGUGGAGACAACCAAUGCAGCACAAGCAUGUGUUGAGCUCCUUCGUAGAGAGAAUCUUGGUGUUGCAACCUUCAUGAUAUUGGAAAAGCAAGUUGAUCUCUUAUCCAAGAUGAAAGAGAAUGCAAGCACUCCUGAAGGGGUUCCUCGCCUUUUCAAUUUAGUGAAGGUUCAAGAUGAACGGAUGAAACUUGCUUUCUUUGCAGCACUAGGAAAUACUGUUGUAGCUAAGGAUCUUGACCAGGCGACACGCAUUGCAUAUGGUGGAAACAAAGAAUUUCGACGAGUUGUGACACUUGAUGGUGCAUUAUUUGAGAAAUCUGGUACCAUGAGUGGUGGGGGAAGUAAGCCACGUGGUGGUAAGAUGGGGACAUCUAUUCGAGCCACCAGUGUGUCUGGAGAAGCCAUUGAAAUGGCUGAAAAGGAACUCUCUACCAUGGUUGACAGUUUAAAAGAUCUCCGCAUCAGAAUUUCUGAUGCAGUUAAAAGAUAUCAGGCCUCAGAGAAAGCAGUUGCACACCUGGAGAUGGAAUUAGCUAAAAGCAAGAAAGAGAUUGACAGUCUUAAUUCACAGCACAGUUAUCUUGAAAAGCAACUUGACUCCUUGGAGGCUGCAUCACAGCCAAAGAGGGAUGAGCUUGAUCGUCUGGAGGAGCUGAAGAAUAUUAUUUCUGCUGAAGAAAAAGAGAUUGAUAAACUCAUGCAAGGUUCUAAACAAUUGAAGGCGAAGGCCUCAGAGCUUCAAAGUAAGAUAGAAAAUGCUGGUGGUGAAAAAUUGAAAUCGCAGAAGUCAAAGGUCAAUAAGAUCCAGUCUGAUAUUGACAAAGGUAACACAGAUAUUAAUCGUCAUAAAGUCCAAAUAGAGACGGGCAAGAAAAUGAUAAAAAAGUUAACAAAGGUGAUUGAGGAGUCAAAGACGGAGAAAGAACGACUUAUUGAGCAGAAGGAAAAAUUGCGUGACAAAUUCAAAGAAAUAGAACAGAAUGCUUUUAUUGUUCAGGAGAACUAUAAAAAAAACCAGGAGCUGAUUGACAAUCAUAAAGAUGUUUUAGACAAGGCAAAGUCUAAGUACAACAAAAUGAAAAAGACUUUGGAUGAAUUGCGAGCAUCAGAGGUUGAUGCAGAAUAUAAAUUACAAGACAUGAAGAAGCAGUGUAAGGAGUUGGAACUGAAGGGGAAGGGUUACAGGAAGAGGCUCGAUGACUUGGAGAUUGCCCUUAGAAAGCAUAUGGAGCAAAUUCAGAAAGAUUUGGUGGAUGGUGAAAAACUUGAAGCAACCUUGACGGAUGAAACUCUCAGCAAGGUUUGUGACCUUAAAAGGGCCCUUGAAACGGUCUCACUGCUGGAGACACAAUUGAAAGAGAUGAAUCCAAAUCUUGAUUCGAUAGCAGAGUAUCGGAGGAAGGUUUCACUGUACAAUGAACGAGUUGAGGAUCUUAACUUGGUCACUCAACAGCGAGAUGAUAUAAAGAAGCAAUAUGAUGAAUGGAGGAAGAAGAGGUUGGACGAGUUCAUGGCAGGAUUCAAUGCGAUAUCAUUGAAGCUAAAGGAAAUGUACCAGAUGAUCACGCUCGGAGGUGAUGCAGAACUUGAAUUGGUGGACUCCCUUGAUCCUUUCUCUGAAGGUGUUGUAUUCAGUGUCAGACCGCCAAAGAAGAGCUGGAAGAACAUUGCAAAUUUAUCUGGUGGCGAAAAGACUCUAAGCUCAUUAGCUCUUGUUUUUGCACUGCAUCACUAUAAGCCUACACCUCUCUAUGUAAUGGAUGAAAUUGAUGCUGCUCUGGACUUCAAGAAUGUUUCUAUUGUGGGACAUUAUGUGAAGGACCGAACAAAGGAUGCUCAGUUCGUAAUCAUAAGUCUUAGGAACAAUAUGUUCGAAUUGGCUGAUAGACUAGUGGGGAUUUACAAAACUGAUAACUGCACAAAGAGCAUCACCAUCAAUCCCGGGAGUUUUGUGGUGGGUGAACAAGCGGCUUGUUGUGUUCACAUUAUGCAUGGGAGAGGCGUCCCAUGCGAUAAGGAUUCUUUAUUAUAAGAUUUAGAUUUGAAUACUUUUGGUUCGUCUGUAGGCUGUAAAAUUUAUGUUAUGUAUAUAAUGGUUAAAAUGUGUAGAUCUCGACGAUGAUACAAGCAGAACAUAGGAAACAUCGUCAUUAUUUAUUAUACAUAUAUAUUAUACAGAUGGGUGGUCCGUCUAAGAAACAGAUUGGCAUAUUCCAAUAGUAGGUUGGAAGAUGCCCUGUUUCAUAGGUACAAUCACAGUAAACUAUUCAUACCGAAUUGAGUGGUUGUUCUUUAGUGUCUAAGUGUUGUUCAUUGCUCCUCA